AUGGUGAUGAACGGUGUAGGGGCUAGGCCUGAGCCUCAGGAUGUCGCUGUCGACACCAAGCCCGAAACCAACCUGCUCACCACCGAGAGCCCCUCCCACCCUCCACUGACCCCGAAACUCGAAGAACCCGCCUCCGAUUGUGCACCCAAACAAUCAAGUGAGGAUCAAAUCAUGGCCGAAGCUGCGGCCGUCAGCGUGGAUAGCAAUGACAAUGGGGAGACCUCGGCGGCCGUAGAUGUCGAGGGGGAUUCGGAAGCUGAGACUCUGAUCCAGUCACCAGAGAAGCAACGAACCAACGCUGACGCCAUGUCUGUAUCUGGAUCCGCUCACACCGGACCAGCCAAAGAGGACGAUUCUCCGAGUAGAGCAACUGCGACCGACUCCGAGAAUCGACCAAGAAAACGCAAGCGGAGUGUGGACGACCAAAAGGACGAAUCGCUCUCGCCAACUUCCAGUCGACGUAGCUCGCCCUUGUCAUCGCCCAGAGCUCCAACCCACUCAGCAGACAGUGAUUCAGGUUUAUCCAGUCGUAUCGAGUUACACCGCUCGAAACAGAGCCCUCCAAAGCGCGAAAACAAUCCCACGGCUGAUUCAGAUGAUGCCGAGGAAAAGCCAGUCAAGAUCCAAACCCGCAGGCGCCGCCCAAGCGACAUUUUACCCCCCAUUAGCAAACAUCGGACCAAAACUCAUAACUCUGGUGCAGACCCUGGGUCUUCCGAACGUCGAGAAACUAGGUCUGCUACUUACCCCCGCCAUUCAUCCAACGAACGUUCCCCUUCACCGAGACCUCCAGCUCGGAGAGAGCACAGGCGUGGUGUGUCGACCCAGUUGACUCUUGGCGAUGUUGAGCGUAAAAAACGCGGGCGGCCACCAGCUAUCAACACCAAAAGAAGCGGUUCUGCAGAUCAUCGCGCACCUUCUGCCUCCGAAUCAGACUCGGAUUCUCCUCAAACCUCAAGACCUACGCUCAAUAAGCUGUCCUCCGCAGACCAUGACGCAAUGUCUCCUGCCAAAGCCACUGGUCCUAGAAAAAUCCGGGAUAAAAAUGGUCGCACUGCGCUUUCUCGGGCGUGUAAUGCCAACGAUCUUGUCUCAGCGCAAGCCCGGCUGAUCGAACGACCGCAGGAUCUGAAUUUGGCAGACAACGCGGGAAAUACACCACUCCAAAUUGCCUCGUUGAUGGGCUUCGAAGACAUUGUCAAGUUCCUACUGGAAAACAAUGCAGACGUGGAUACACGAAAUAUUGACAAAGAAACUCCGCUUAUUGACGCUGUGGAAAAUGGGCACGUUGAAGUUGUUCGGCUUCUUCUGGAGAAUGGAGCAAAUCCUCGACUGGGGAACGCUAAGGGCGAUGAACCCUACGAGCUUGUGCCUCUGGACGACCCAAACCACGCGGAGCUUAGGAAGCUACUCGCAGACGCCCGAGAGAAUAAUGUCAGUCGACGAAAAUCCAGCGACCAAAUGGAAGUUGCGCAAGAUAGGAACUCUUCCCGAGCAGCCUCUGCUGCCAGCCCGCGAGAUUCCCCCCCUGUUACCGGUCCUCGCAGCCCACCCAAUCUAACCCAACGACGAAGAACGGGACGAAGUGAAUCGACUCGUAAUGAUCUCCUUUGGCAAGCAAACACCCAGGACAAUUUGACCCGCCUGGCAGCAAAGGGUGACGUGCAGGGCGUGGCGAACAUCCUCAACAUCUUGCAAAAGGCCGAAACCGAGUCGUUGAUCGCCGCCGCCAAGGCCGGACACGAAGAAGUUCUGCAGUACUUGCUCGGCAUGGGUGAUCCAGAGUCAGAUCCCGAACCCCUUCGUCAUCUUAAGACGGGUUACAACACCCCUGUGUUGGCAGCAAUCGGCCGCGGGCACCCGGAGGUCGUGAAAUUACUGGUUGAACAGUCCGGCUUCAACCCAACGAGAAGGAUACUUAAGGGGAAGGCCUACCACGAAAUCGCAUUUGAGAGAAAAGGAGAGCAAUGGCAGAAGGAAGUUGAUAUUCUGAAAACUGCCUACGACAAACAUGCAGCUGGGAGAUCUCGGAAAGGAGCCUCGCCACGGAUGACCAGAGAUUCUGACAAGCAAAAGAAUCGACCCGUUCGUCGGUCACAGUCUCCGAUCUCUAGUAAGCUGCGCAAUUCCAAUCCCUCCAGCCCGACUUUGACACAAAAAUCUCUACCCAACAAAUCGCCACAGUCUUCACAGAAAUUCCGAGAUCGUGACUCUGGUUCCACUGACGGUGGUGACCGUCGCAAAAAUCUUCCCGCACGCAGAGACAUCGGGGAUGCGUCCGUUGCCGUGUCAUCUGACCAAGAUCAAACAGUCAAUAUGCCGAGAAAGAGUCAUGUCAAAAGACGGAGUCAAAGUGAUCUGCCGCCAGCUCCUCAAUUGGACUUGGACAGUGCUCAUCGAAGAAGACGGCUUGUGAGUGGGAAAGAGCAUCGCCGGCGCAAGAGCAUUGUUGAAGAGGAAGUUUCGGAUGAGAAUGAAUCCACCGCCACCGUCAAAACGGAGACCAAGCCAAGUACUGUCCUCAAACGUCAAAGAGAGAGCGUAUCACCGCACAUGGAUGCGGCAGAGGAAGGAGAGGCCGGUCGCGGGACAGCCAAGAAACGCAGAACGGUCGUGGAGAGUAGUCCCGAAGAAUCACGACCCGGUCCAAAGCGAAGGGGCAAUCAAACUUUGAUGCCUGUGAUCGAGCACAAAACCGAGCAAGUCCUGAGCGAAGAUGAAAGACCAAAGCGACGUAAACUUUCCAAGACCGAAUACAACCUUGCCUCAUCCGAAAAUCACGUAGACGAGUCGGGUAUGGGUAAGCCUGACGAAAGUUCCCAUACAGGCAACAGUGACGAUGCCGACACCAACUCUGCAGAAGAAAAGACGCAACAGAAUAUCGAGGAAGUGGAGAUUCCAGUAAAGACUGAACCAAUCGAAACCGGCCCAUCUGAGGCUGAGCUCGAGCUCCAGAAGAGAGAAGAGGAACGCAAAGCCGAAGAAGCCAAGAGGGCAGAAGAAGAACGAUUGGCCGCUGAAAAGGCCGCCGAAGAAGCUGCUGAGAAGGCUGCCGAAGAAAUAAGGCUCGCGGAAGAGAAAGAAAGGAUCAGAAAAGCGGAGGAAGAAGCUGAGCGGAGAAGGAAAGACGAAGAGGAGCGUCAGGAACGCAUCAAGCGAGAGCUAGAAGAGAGACAACGGCGUCAAGAAGAACAACUCCGCUUGCAACGACUUGAGAUCGAACGGCGCCGGCGAGAGGCCCUCCCUGCUCUGUUGUGUCAGACCGCACUCGUGAUCGACAAUGACACCUCAGCGGCGAAGAGCGUACCGUGGCUGUCGAAAUUCCUACCACUAUUCACUGUCAAAUCAAGCCAGCUUGGUGACCAAAUAUCUGAUGCGGAGCACGACGGCCUGUGGGUGCCUAAUUUUCAGGUUGCCGGAUUGCUGGCCACUAAAGACUUGAACCUACGCAAUUACACAUCGCUCGAGAAGAGGCUAGUCAGCCCUGCCCAACGUCAGAGCCUUUGGAAGGUUUCGAGAAACAUGCUCUCGUAUGAAUACGAGGCCAACGCUCUGAACACGACAAUCAAACAGGCCAAUCAGAGAGAGGAGGACGAGAGACCCAAGUUUUUCGCCAUGGAGGAACUCUUUUGGGUAAAGCUCUCCGACUUCGAAGAUCAAGUGUUCCGGCAUCCGCAUCUCAUCUCACUACUUCUCAAGAAACAAGCCAUAUCCUUGAGGACCAUUGGGCUACACACCCCGACGGAACAGUCACCUCAAACCAAUGGUAUCUGCCUACCAUCUACACCAAAACUCACGAACGGAGUAAACCCUGUUUUGUCGCCCGCCUUGUACAGCAAUGGAUACACUCGCUUGUGA